AUGGCUGAUGAUGCCAACCGUAUGGCUGAUCAUGCCAACCGUGCGGCUGAUGAUGCCAACCGUAAAGCUGAUGAUGCCAAGCAAAGCAUGGCUGCCCUUCCCCCUUUUGAUUCCCUCCCCCCCCUGGUCGCUCGUGGGGUUCAAAAUGCAUCCAGGUCCCUGCACGUCGCGCUAGUUGUGGAGCACAUCGUGGCGCUCAUCGCCAUCGCUUCCACUGUCCUCAAGUACGCUCUCCCGGUGACGGCGUCGAACUGCAAUGCAACUCACAAGAUUUCGACCGCAUUCGCCAUCUUGUUCGAUGCGAGUCUUCUGACGUUUCUCCUCUUCAAGGUCGAUGUGACCAACGGCAUGAGAAAGCUCUCCUGCUGGGAGAAGGGCGUGAUCUGGAUAUGCAGGGCGUUCGCGUGGAUUUAUCUGCCUUUGGCGUCGAUCUUCGUGAGCGCCACUUACCCCGGUGCAAAUAUCUACCAGGGCACCUUUUGCGAGAACAGUUUCAAUAGGGACGAAGACGUGAACUACGAGCGCGAGGCUAGCGACAACGCAUUUGGGUAUGCCGUCACCAACGCGAUGCUGUUGGUCCAGUACGUGCUGCUGCUGAUCCUGUUCGUGAGGCCCCUCAUGGUUCGUCUCGAGGGCGUCCAGUCCGGAGGGGCGGUUUACCGCAGCGUGGUUGUCAGAAACGUAUCGUGCACGGCAGCCGUGGUUGUGUCCUACAUCAUUACCACCAUUGUCACGGUCAUCGCCCUCCUGCGCCAGCACCCCAACGAUACCACGGUAUGUGUGUUUUUCUGA